AUGUCAAAUGUUUAAAAUGUUGCCAGAUUACUUGACUCUCCCACUCUGUGGGUUUGUGUUCUUUCCAAGUUUAUUUAUUUUUGUACGCAAAAUAGCACAUACCUUCCUUGGGAGCUAUUUUAAUGAGUCGGAUCAAGUCAAUAUCAGUGUGAAGGUAGUAUCGUCCACCCAUGCAGUAUUAGCCGUGAUAGCUGGUGUUAUUGUAAUGUCUAACACUCAUGGCGACAUCAUCAAAGAUCAGCACUGGCUCUUAAACCCAUUCUUCAUGUUCGCCACUCCAUAUAUGGCAUACGAUGUUGUAGCAAUGUAUAUUCACCACACAGUUCGAUUCAGGACGGAGUUACAGGGUCAAACUAUGAUUCAGUGCAUCGUCCAUUACUUUAGUAAAAACAAAGUAAUGAUGUUUCACCAUAUAUGUUUACCAAUGGUAUAUCUGCCAGCAGUUUUGCAUUUUAGGGGACCUAAGGGGGAUUUUAUAGUGGGGCUGUUCUUAAUGUUCGAAGUGACAGUGCCUUUCUUAAAUCUUCGAAAUAUUCUCUAUCAAGCAAAUCUAGCUCACACGAUGCUUUACAAAGUCAAUGGCAUUCUUAUGACAGUAUCAUUUUUCCUCUCGAGGAUAGUCAUUUUUAUAUACAUGUACUACAUGUAUGGAGUUUACGCAGGCGGUGUAGGAAUUUGGAAAGUCCCAGGGAUCAUUCCAAUGAAGUGCACUGUGGGAUGCACUGUCCUCCUCCUGCCACAGAUUUACUGGUUUAAACAAAUGAUAAAAGGUGUUUAUGCGACAGUGGUCAAGAAAAAGGUCGUAUAAAAGGUUUAGAAAAAAAUAUGAAUUUGGUUCUGGUUUCCAGUUUGGAACCCAAAUUAUUUCAGCUAUAUCCCAAAAUUGGCAGUCAGAUGCAACAAAUAUGUUUAGGGAACCAGAAUAUAAAACCGUCCUUUUCAGAACAUGUUAUUUUUAGAAUUUUGCAAAUCCUUGAAUGGUGAGAAUUUUUAAUAUGGUGACCAGAAUCAAAAGAAAUCAUGAGAAAUUAAAAUCCAGUCAAAGAAAAUAUGAUGGAGGUCAAGCUUUAUGUGCAAAAAGUAAGUGCAAUACGUAAAUGGUAUGUAUUAGUAAAUGUACAAGCACAAAUUGUAUAUAUACUUACUAUAUAUUGUAUUAGGUAAAUGUAGAAACACAAUUUGUAUUCAUACGUACUGUAGGUAAAUGACUAAAUGUAAAGGUAAACAGUUGAAUGUUGUAUUGAAAUGCUGGAAAUGUAGUCUUGAUUCAAGCCCUUGUUAACCCCAACCCACCCUCCGUUAUACAGGGUGGGCCAAAAAAACAUCCAUAUUUUUGUUUUGCUUCAACAUUUUUAAUACUACAGAA